AUACUCCGGGUCGGAAGCGAUUGGUCUCUUAUCCUGCGCACCUGGAGCUCCGAUAACGUGCGCACACCCCUCGAUCUCAAUUCCACACGAAUUUCCAGUGAGGAAUCGUUAUCGUUCGCACCUGUCGUUGUGUUAACCUGCGCACCCCUCUCGAUCUCCAUUCCAUACCAAUUUCCAGGGUGGAAUCCUUAUCGUGGGCACCUGCGGUUGUGUUAUCCUGCGCACCCCUCCUUCUCCAAUCCGAUCUCCACUCUACAUCGAUUUUCAGGAGAGAGCCACCAGCAACGACUGUCGAAGUCGGUGAAGGCGAAGCUUAAAGGAGGCAAAGUUGCUGCUGUAAAGGUGCUUUCGGCUGAGUCGAGACAAGGAGUGCGGGAGUUUUUUUCUGAGAUAAAUGUGAUAGCUGAUAUAGAGCACGAAAACCUCGUUAAGUUGCAUGGUUGCUGCGUGGAGGAAAAUCAUAGAAUUUUGGUCUAUGGCUAUCUUGAGAAUAGUAGCCUUGCACAAACCCUUCUUGAUAGGGUGCAUAACAACAUCAAUUUUGACUGGAAAACGCGAUCUAAGAUCUGCAUUGGAGUCGCACGUGGGCUUGCUUUCCUUCACGAGGAAGUCGAGCCGCACAUCAUACAUCGAGAUAUCAAAGCAAGCAACAUCCUUCUCGAUAAGGACCUAACUCCUAAGAUUUCAGAUUUUGGACUGGCAAAGCUUCUCCCACCAAACAUGACCCAUGUCAGUACCCGUGUGGCAGGAACAAUAGGUUACUUGGCACCCGAGUAUGCUAUACGUGGGCAGCUGACACGGAAAGCCGAUAUCUACAGCUUCGGUGUUCUCCUUUUGGAAAUAGUCUGUGGAAGAUGCAAUACUGACCCACUGUUGCCUGUCGAGGAACAAGACCUUCUCAAUAUGAAUCCUAGACAAGCCACCGAAUUUGAUAUGAUGCCUGGGGUUCUCCUAUUGCAGACAUGGGAACUGUUCGAGCGCCGUGAGCUGGUGAUGCUGGUGGACCCAUCACUGAAUGGCGAUUACGAUGUUGAGGAGGCCUGCAGGAUCUUGAAGAUAGGCCUCUUAUGCACACAGGACAGUCCAAAGCUCCGCCCCUCCAUGUCGUCAGUCGUCAAGAUGCUGACGGGUGAGAAGUCGAUCAAUGAUGAUAAGAUCACAAAGCCAGGCCUCAUUUCUGACUUCAUGGACUUGAAAGUGAGGGUCCCAAAAACGCAGACCAACACCAGGAACACGUUUGCCUCUGGCACUCCGUCACAGGUGGAGGAUACACCGAUGUCGUCGGGAAAUGUCACCAACACCACGUUCACAACCAUGACCGGGAUAAGCGAUCGGAGCAGCUGAGGCAGUGCUACAAGGGCUGGACGCCGUCUACGUUAGAAAAAUGGCAGCACUUCAUCCACCAUGCACAUGUCAAUCCAGACCGUCUAAAUUGCAUAGCUGGUAUAAACGAACGAUCCCAGCCAUCAAGUGGAUGCCACAUGUAGAGAGAUGGGUCACUACCAUUAAUAAAACGGCAGUGAACGCAGACGGCGGUCCAGCCCGGGAAAUUAAAUUUUGGGUUUUAUGGGGCUUGUGAUUUUGUGUAAAUUUCGUGUAAAAUUUGUUAUUUUUUGUUUUUUAAUUUAUUAGUUACCAUAACUUUGAUGAUUAUAGAAUGAUGAUUGAUCAUGGUGGGCCUUUGAUUUUUAA